AUGGAUGAAAGGUCUGUGCUGCUUGCAGGGUUAAGCUACGUUGACUCUCAAGAACCUGGGGAGGAAUCCCAAGCCAAUGCACUUGAUUUUGUUGAUCAGUUUGUGUCGUUGAAUGAUGAUCUGAGUUUGAAUUAUCCAGGAAUUGAUACCAGGAAAACCACUAAGGUUAAAUCCCCUCCUGUUACUAGUACAAAAGGGACUCAAAGUUUGGCGAGGAUGGUUGAACUCCGGUCUCAAAAUGAAAAAGCCAAAGCCUUUGAAUGGGUUGAUCUUCCGGAGAAUGGAGUGUUUUGUUAUUUAGACAAGAAGAUGGAAUCAUCUUUGGUUAAUCCUCAGGGUAAGGUGCAAUCUAAUAAUGGUGCAAGGAAGGAGAAAGUCAGGCAUGCUAAUGAAACAAAAAGUAUUAGCUCAGGUGAUGGGAGAAAAGAGAAGAGUAUAAUUAGAAACUUCAACAAGGACAUCACUGAAUUUGAAGACAAGAUUGGAAACGAGUCUGUCAAUGCACUGGAAGAUCACUUAAAUGAAAAACCAACAGAACUGCAACUAGAACCUAGUGAUGAAGGAGGCGAUGUGGUUGACAUGUUUGAUAUUGGCUUUGACACCCAAAUUGCUGCGGAAGCUAUGGAGGCAUUAGCAUAUGGCAGCCAUCCUGGCUGCAAUACUGUGGAUGUUGGUUCAGGAGGUGCUACAGAAAGUACAGCUCAUAUUGAACAUUGUUCUCUUGAAAAGAGUGAUUUUUCCAAUGUAGCAGGCAUUAGCAAGAAUGCAAAUCGAAGAAACCGCUCCACUAGAAUACCAAGGAAAGCAGGUGCUUCAUCUGAAACACCGUCUAAGAAGCAAGAGUUAUAUCCUGAUUUGGCAGCAGCAACAAAUGUGACAAAAAGCAGAUUCUUUGGUGAGUCUUGUAGUAAUUCUGCCGAGGCCAGUUUAUGCACAGAAUCUCCCAAGUCAGUCAAGAAAAUGAAGCUACAGACUGCAGUUGAUUAUUCCAAGGAUGGCUCUGGAAAACACCAGACUACCCAGUCAAUGUUAGGGGGUAGGUCAAGAAUGAUGGAGGUUGGAUCAAACAAUGGUAUUGUUACAUACAGGAGAAAGAAGAGAAGUUUAAAUGCUCAAUCACCUGAAAUAAUCAGUAGUUCUGAGGCUGGAUCAGAUGUAGUAGAAAAGACGAACAAUGUUAAGAAAAAUGACAUUGUCACUUACAGGAGAAAGAAGAGAAAGGCUGCAAAAGAAAGUCCAGUUUAUGUUUCAUCAGAGGGAAAUAGUAGCAGUAAAGCCUGCGACUUAAAAUUAGGUUUACGGAGUCAUCCCAAAGGGAAAAGAACAGGUCGCAAUGCUCGAAAGAAUUCCUGCAGAGCCCCUGUUCCUUCUACUCCAUUUCUGCUACUUGACAAGGACAGCUCCCCUUCUGAUGAAAGGCCAGAAAGAAGCAAUAAUAUGGCAGGGAAAGAACAAUCAUUGUGUAGCCCACCGGUGGUUUCCUUAAAUAACAACUCUGACAGAACCUUGUUGGAAUUGCAAUCUGGCAAGCUAGUUGGAACAGAUCCUACAUUUUCUGGUACAGAAUUUAACUCUACCACUGGCAGCAUGGGGUCAUCCAAAUAUGUGUCUCAUGACUAUCACAAAAAGCAGCGCUACAAAAACUUACCCAAAUCAUCUCUUAUGAAAGAGCUUAUUGAACUGGGUGUCUCUGAGUCAAUGCCCGAUUUUACUUGGAAAGAUUUGAGAAGACGAAGAAGUAUGGCCUAUGUUCAGGUUCUGUUUAGCCAGCAUUUGGAUGAUGAUAUAAUUAAGCAGCAGAAAAAGAUCAUUGCACGACUGGGCCUAGCUCUUGCUUCAUGUUCUAUGGAUGCAACACACUUUAUAGCAGAUCAAUUUGCACGUACAAGGAAUAUGUUGGAAUUCAUUGCUCUUGGUAAACCAGUGGUUACACAUUUGUGGCUUGAGAGUUGUGGGGAAGCAAACUGUUUAAUUAGUGAGAAGAGCUAUAUUCUGAGGGAUGCCAAAAAGGAAAAGGAAAUUGGCUUUAAUAUGCUUGUUUCACUGGACUCUGCAAAACGGUGUCCGCUUCUAAAGGGUCGGAAAGUCUUCAUUACUCCGAACAUAAAACCUGGAAAAGAAAUGAUGACAAGCUUGGUGAAGACAGCUCAGGGCAAGCCAGUGGAGAAAGCCCAGAUAUCUACAGCGAAGGGUAAAAAGAUUCUCGACAAAUUAUUGAUACUUUCAUGUGAAGAAGAUGAAGCAAUUUGUCUACCUUUCCUUGAAAAAGGUGUAGCAGUUUACAAUUCAGAGCUUUUACUAAAUGGCAUAGUUACCCAGAGAUUGGAAUACAAUAGACAUCAGCUCUUCACCGAUGUUGUCAAGAAAGUCCGGCCUUAG